CACAUUUUGUGACUCCUCUAAGACUAAUAGAUUGUGAUUCUCUUACAUGUUUUUUCCAAUACCAUAAUUGACAGCUGCUAAAUAUGUCCUGACUCCUAUAUAUGAAUCCAGACGCUGGUUUCUCCUUUUCUGCAGUUCAAUGUUUGCAUUAAUGUCAAUGUUAUAUCCGGACACACACAGCAACAGUCAUGUGAUCUUGUGGGCCAAAGCCUCAAACUCUUUGCAUCAUCUGUUCCUUCAUUACUGCUGCACUCCCAAUUGUGUGCUGUAUGUUAAUUCUAAGCUGAGGAUAAAUUAGCGGUAGGGUUAAAGAUUCUUGCUUUUUCUUGUCAAAAUGAAGGCUAUGUUGAGGAGAAAAAUGGCUGAAGCUCCUGCAGUCUUCAUUGGGAUUUUGGUGCUGUGUUGCUGGAUAGCGGUAGCUAAUGCAGAGUACAAGAUAUACCAAGAUCCCAAACAGCCCAUUAGUAAGAGAGUUAAGGAUUUGUUGGGCAGGAUGACUUUAGAGGAAAAGAUAGGCCAAAUGACACAAAUUGAUCGACUCGUGGCCUCAGCGGAGGUUAUGGAGAAGUAUUACAUAGGUAGUAUAUUGAGUGGUGGAGGUAGUAUUCCGUCUCCGACAGCGUCUCCUGAGACGUGGGUCGACAUGGUGAAUGGCUACCAAAAGGGCUCAUUGUCGACCCGUCUUAAGAUUCCAAUGCUCUAUGGGAUCGACGCGGUUCAUGGACACAACGCCGUCUAUAGAGCUACAAUUUUCCCCCACAAUGUUGGUCUUGGAGCUACUAGAGAUCCUGAGUUGGUGAAGAGAAUUGGAGCUGCAACUGCUCUUGAAGUCAGGGCAACAGGCAUUCCAUAUGCUUUUGCACCUUGCAUUGCGGUUUGCAGAGAUCCAAGAUGGGGUCGUUGUUAUGAAAGUUAUAGUGAAGAUCCAAAGGUUGUUCGAGCAAUGACGGAGAUCAUACCUGGAUUACAAGGAGAUAUACCUGCUAAUUCUCGAAAAGGUGUUCCCUUCCUCGCUGGACAGCAAAAGGUUUUAGCUACUGCAAAACACUAUGUUGGUGAUGGUGGAACCACCAAAGGCAUCAAUGAGAAUAAUACAUUGGCAAGCAGGCAUGAUUUGCUGAGGAUCCACAUGCCGGCAUACCAUGACUCAAUCAUCAAAGGUGUGGGAACGAUCAUGAUCUCCUACUCAAGUUGGAACGGUGUAAAGAUGCACGCUAACCGCGACCUCAUCACCGGAUUCCUGAAAAAUACGCUGCGUUUCAGAGGAUUUGUCAUCUCAGACUGGCAGGGACUUGACAGAAUCACAUCUCCCCCUCACGCGAACUAUACGUAUUCAAUUAUAGCUGGAGUUGGUGCUGGAAUUGACAUGAUCAUGAUUCCAUACAACUAUACCGAGUUCAUCGAUGGUCUAACCUCCCUGGUCAAAAAUAACUUUAUUCCCAUGAGCCGCAUUGAUGAUGCAGUGAAAAGGAUUUUGAGAGUUAAAUUCACAAUUGGCCUAUUUGAACACCCCUUGGCAGACUAUAGCAUGACCAAGUACCUGGGAAGUCAGGAACAUAGAGAACUGGCAAGGGAAGCAGUAAGAAAAUCUCUUGUGCUGCUUAAGAAUGGUGAAUCUGCAAAUAAACCAUUGAUACCACUUCCUAAGAAGGCAUCAAAGAUUCUUGUUGCGGGAACCCACGCCGACAACAUUGGUAACCAAUGUGGUGGUUGGACGAUUCAAUGGCAGGGCCAGCCCGGCAAUGUUACAGUCGGUACCACAAUACUGACUGCCAUUAGGAAUACAGUUCACCCUGAAACAAAAAUCGUUUUCAAUGAGAACCCAGAUCCUGGAUAUGUAAAGUCCAACGAUUACUCAUAUGCCAUUGUCGUGGUUGGAGAACCACCAUAUUCGGAAACAUUUGGAGACAGCACAAACUUGACGAUUCCUGAUCCAGGACCAAGUAUUAUAACAAAUGUGUGUGCUUCAGUCAAAUGUGUUGUCGUGCUUAUAACAGGCCGUCCCGUCGCGAUUCAGCCAUAUCUUACACAAAUAGAUGCUCUUGUAGCUGCUUGGCUUCCAGGAACAGAAGGCCAAGGUGUUGCCGAUGUUCUGUUUGGCGACUAUGGUUUUACUGGCAAGCUCCCACGCACAUGGUUUAAGACUGUUGAUCAACUCCCUAUGAAUGUUGGGGAUCAACAUUAUGACCCACUAUUCCCCUUUGGAUAUGGACUCACCACAGUACCUGUAAGGGGAAACUAAGUCGUUGGAACAUUUGUUGGUUCACUUCACUUGGGAGUGUAGCCGUUCCCAUCCAGUGCAUAUUAUUAUAAGAUUUUAAUGCAAGGAUGAAAUGGGAAAGAAUAAAGAAAUAAUCAAUGUGAUAUCAUGCUGAAGCUAGAUCUCUUACGACAAGUCUAGUUAUUAUGUCUUCUCAAUAUGAAACUGUAUCAUCCACCUCAGUUUCAUAUUUUAUCAUUCUCUAUCAA